AGGAAGCUGGCACAAAGGUUCAGGCACAGAUGGGCACCUAGUUGAAAGGUUGGAGGGCACAGGGUCUGGGCUGUUCUUACUGAGCUGGAAGCAUGCAGACCUUUGUGGCUUCCUCUCCCCUGGGGUCCCUGCCCCACCUGUGAUGCCAAGGUCCAGAAUCCUCCAUGCCAGGGUCCCCAGCCCUUGGCAGACCUUCCACUCAGCUCCCCGCACCUGCAAAUACUUAUCCCUAACAUGGAGCUGUGGAUGAGAAGCAGCCCUGGGUUUGUUCGAAUCCUAAAGGGACUGACUAACCAACGACACCUUUGACUGAGGGAGUGAAGCUCUAAAGGUGAGAUCCUGAGCCUGAGAAUGAAAUACUGAUGCAGAGGGGGUUCUCAGAGCCCAGAGCCCAGUCCACACUGUGGAAGCUGAGUUUUCCAUGUGGAAGGAAACCCCUUUCAUGCUGCUGCCUGGACAUUCCUGUCUCCUUGGAGUGCUCUCAGGCCCAGGAAGAAACCAGGGCACAUGGUGUUAUUCUUCUGGCUGGCGCCACCCUGGCUACUUGCAAGUUCUUCCUGAAAAACCACUCUCAGCAGCCAACCUUCCUGCUGAGAACUUCCUCUUCCAGAACAACAGGAGGCAUGAUGAAGCUUAAAUCCUCUUCUUUUUCUGGGUCCUGUGUGAGCUUUCUUCUUCUACAAGUGAUGACAUCAACUUCGGAAAACUGGACAGUCACCAUUCCCACGAGACACUUGGUGGCUACAGUAGGAGGACACACUGAGCUCAGCUGCCAGUUGUCCCCACCAACAAGCGCAGAGCAUAUGGAGGUGCGCUGGUUCAGAGGGGACAAUUCCAAACUCAUUCACCUAUACAGAGAUGGCCAUGAAGUGAAUGGAGAAGCUGCCCCAGAAUAUGUGAAUCGCACAGAGUUUGUGAAAGAGGCCAUUAGAGAGGGCAAAGUGACUCUCAGACUUCGUAAUAUCAGUGUUUCUGAUGCUGGAUCAUAUCAGUGUUCAUUUAAAGGUAGUGGCAUUAAUGAUGUGGCCAGCAUGAAUCUGAGCAUAGCAGCAUUAGGCUUGGAAACACAAAUCCAUGUUCAGGCUCCUGGCACUAAGGGGCUCAUGGUGGACUGUAACUCAGGAGGGUGGUUCCCAAAGCCCCAGAUGGAGUGCCGAGACAGCAGAGGAGAAAGACUUCCACAUUCAUCAAAAUCCUAUUCACAGGAUGGAGCCAGAUUAUUUCACGUGAAGAUGACUCUUGUCCUUAGAAACCAGUCAUGGGGCAACAUGACUUGCUACAUUCGCAAUCCUCUAACAGGUGAAGAGAAACGAACAAAUAUCAUCCUGGCUGGAGAUAACUGCUGCAACGAGUGUGGAGUCAUUAAAGGAAUCUCUCUUAAUGUGAUGUUGUUCCCAUAUGACUGCCACGGUUGGUUGCGCCCAAGCGUCAUUCAAUUACUGACUUGUUUAGUCUUUUUUGGACUGCUUAUUAUAUAUCUGAAGUUCCGGAGACGAGUCUCUAUUUCAGAUCCUUUGUUUCCCUUGUACAAUGACUGGAUGCGGGAUAUGGCAAUGGUUAUAGCUUGUCCAAUGGCAUUUUUCAGUCUAUUAAUCAUUGUUUUAAGCAUGACGCUAAGAGGACAUAAAGAACAAGAUGAAUACAUUAUACAAAGUGACAGAGAUGCAACCCACCAACUGUAGAAAUGAAAAACACUACAGAACAAAUGAGAAAAAUUCUUCAAUAAUUAUGUUGCAAGCAUAUACAACUUCAGUGU